AUUCUUACUUUAAGAAUCUAUAAUAAUAUUUAUAAGGAACAAGUUACCAAUAUUGCCUUCAUUUAACACUUAAAAUGCUAUUCAUUCACAUGUUUAUUUCUCAGUAACAGGUCUAAGUCACUUUUUGUUGUUUGAAAACAUUAUUUCUCUUAAAAGAAUGUACCUGAAGAAUGUUUUAACUAACAAUUAGGAUUUUUGCUCUGAAAAAUUUCUUUGCUAUUUCAUGUAUCGAGAGCAAGGAAGUUCGGUGCAAAGAGCCACCAAUGGAAUGCACCCUACGUAAUCCCGCCGACCAAGCGCUCGGAACAAUAGAACGCCAUCGUAUCGCCAUUUUGUAAUCUGUCGAGAGGUUGGAGGCAUUGAGCGUUUAGUUGUGUUGUGUAAUAUUUGAUCAUUUUUACCAACUUUUCUGCAAAUUGCGGCAGUAUGGCAGAACUUCAGGGGCCAGCAGUGUCGCAAGAUGCGUUAUCCGUAGCACAGUUGGAGUUAGGAGGUAAUCCAAACGCAUUUGCAUUAAGGAGGCCUUUUGAUCCUGUUGCACAUGAGUUAGACGCUACUUUCCGUCUGACGCGUUUUGCUGAUCUGAAAGGAUGAGGGUGUAAAGCUCCUCAGGAGGUUCUGUGGAAACUCCUCGAGGGGCUCCAGCAAGACGAUAACAAUGCACAGGAUGAACAUGCACACUUCAUGCAUAUGCAUAUUCCUCGUAUUGGAAUUGGUAUGGAUUCCUCCGUGACUCCACUGAGGCAUGGAGGGCUGUGUCUUGUGCAAACAACUGAUUUCUUUUAUCCAUUAGUUGAUGAUCCCUACAUGAUGGGUAAGAUUGCUUGUGCCAAUGUGUUGAGUGACCUUUACGCCAUGGGUGUUACGGAAUGCGACAACAUGCUGAUGUUACUUGGUGUGUCAACAAAAAUGACUGAAAAGGAAAGGGAUGUUGUUAUUCCACUGAUUAUGAGAGGAUUUAAGGAUUCGGCGUGGGAGGCAGGCACCACCGUGACAGGAGGUCAAACUGUUGUGAAUCCCUGGUGUACAAUUGGAGGUGUAGCGACAUCUGUGUGCCAACCAAAUGAAUAUAUUGUUCCUGAUAAUGCAGUUGUUGGAGAUGUAUUGGUUUUGACCAAGCCUUUAGGCACACAAGUAGCAGUUAAUGCACAUCAGUGGUUAGAGCAGCCAGAGAGAUGGAACCGCAUUAAACUUGUUGUGUCAGAGGAUGAUGUUAGAAAGGCCUAUCAGAGAUCGAUGGAUUCAAUGGCAAGACUUAAUCGUAUAGCAGCUCGUUUGAUGCACAAGUACAACGCACAUGGUGCGACGGAUGUUACAGGCUUUGGAUUACUUGGUCACGCUCAAAAUCUUGCUAGACAUCAAAAGAAUGAGGUGUCUUUUGUGAUUCAUAACUUACCAGUUAUAGCAAAAAUGGCAGCUGUUGCAAAAGCAUGCGGUAAUAUGUUUCAACUUCUCCAAGGACAUUCCCCUGAGACAUCAGGGGGGUUGCUAAUUUGCCUACCAAGAGAACAAGCAGCAGCAUACUGUAAAGAUAUUGAGAAACAGGAAGGUUACCAGGCAUGGAUAAUUGGCAUAGUAGAGAAAGGGAACCGCUCUGCAAGAAUAAUUGAUAAACCUCGUAUCAUUGAAGUUCCAGCAAAAGAAAAAGAUGGAGAGUUGUGGUAAUACAAGUUUUCUGGAGAUAGUGAAACCCUUCAUGAUUUACACUCACAGCAACCUCAGAUAUCAACCUGAUUACUGGAAGAAAUGUUUUAAGUUCAUGGGAACUUAAAAACUGACAGCACAAUGUUAAUAGUGUCAUCAUGUUACUACAUAAAUUAUCGUGUUUCAAAUGUUUUUGAAUCAUGUAAAUAUUCAUUUGUUUGCACAUGCUGAAUGAAAUGAAUUUAAACAAAUUAUUGCUUUUAGCUUUUGAACAGUGGUUUCUUUAUUGAACUGAACUGUUGAAUUAAUUUCUGGUAACCUGAAGUUUAUGAGGAAUGUUAUAUUCUUCUGUAACCUUAACUGUCAGAAAGCCAACAAGUAGAGCAAGAAAUUUAUAGCAGUGUGUUCAUAUUUUACUGACUGAAUGCCACAUUUAGAGAUAUGACUUUUAGGACUGUGGAAGUUGAUGUAGCCAAUUGUGUAUAUAGUAGACCAUUAUUCUGUCCUGGUUGAAAAUAGCACUCUCCUGUUGUGCUUCAUUAUAUAGAGUAUCAAUAAAUGCCAUGAACAUUUUUUGCAUUAUUUUAAGAGAUAAUUGAAAUAUUGAAAUAGAAAGAAUAUGUAACAAAUGUUGAAAGUGUAGAUCUGAAAGAAGCUUUGCUUUUUCUGGUGCCAUCAGAGGGAGCAUAUACAUUGUUAGAGUGGUUUAUAUUUGCACAUAUUUUUUUAAAAUCCUUGUCUUGUGCAUUUCAUAUUCUUAGCUUAAGCAGUUACAUUUUAGAAAUAGCUUAUUUUUCACAUUAGUAUUAUAUCAAUCAUAUUAUCUCAUUUGUAACUGGAGGGAGUUGAAAUAUGUACUAUGCCUUAAUAUCUUCAAGGUAUUGCAUUUGAAGUGAACUAUGUGACAGUUUGAUAAUAUGGCAAGACGAUUGACUGUGUGGAAUUCUAUCAAAGACAUAAAUUUAUUUUGAGAGAAGUGGAAGUUAUUUAGAGUGUCAGAUUUUAAUAUUAGAGUCUUAAAUUUAUGAAGUGAUUCCUAUUCUGAAUUUAACCAACUUUGUUUGCAAAUAUAUAGUUCAUUUGAGCAUGAAUUUCUGUUAAAUGUUCUGUUGGUUUAAAUUGGUUUGGAUUUUAUGUAAUUAUAGGGAUGUAAUACCUAAAAUCAGAACAAAUAUCCUACAAUACAUAUAAGUUCUGCUUACAUCAUUAUUUGUGUUGAUAAAAGAUUUAUUUACAUAUUGACAACUUUGCUGUUUGAUGUAUUUUUGUCCCCCUCAUGCUUGGUUAUGUAAUGUUCUGAUUUUGUUACAUAGUUCGUAAUAAUACAAUAAAGUUUGUCAUAUAACAUUUACUACAACUACAGAAAGUUUUGUUUUAAAAUGUAAGAAUUUUAAUGUAAGAUUUUGGGCAAGCAAAGGCUAGAAUUUUAUGACAAAAAUUAUUCUGGGAGGAAAAUAAAAGUAAACUGUGAAAAAGAA